AUGUCAAGGCGGAAAAAGAUCCACCUUUUUAACUGCGAUCAUCUCUACGAACUCCGUGUCAUCGAGGAUUUGCUAUACUCCUGCAAACCGAAACUGGGCUUCGAUUUCAUAGUGGAGAAUCACUACUUCUCCUUUUCUGAAAUGGCUGAAUUGAGUGAAAAAAUCGUUCCUGCACUGCAGAUUGAUUUUGCAGUUUUCGUCCUUCACGCUCAAGAGUCAAGUCUGUCGAUAAACGAUGGCCGCGGAUAUACGAAGCUUUACAAAGCUCUAUUGCAAGCUACAGGUAAGAAAUUGAGACAGCUCUUGUAACUACUUUCUGCUGUUGUUGUAAUGAAUACGCAUAUUCAUCAGUAACAGGUCUUUGUGUUCGGGAUUUAUGUCGAAAAAAUCAUGAAAGAUGGAUUUCAAUGUGGCACAGUUUUGUCACGCGCGCGAAAUAAACGAUAGAACUUUUCACGGUUUACCACAAGGUCUAUUCAGUAGUAUUUUCAGUGUGACUACAAAUAAACGUUUCAAAUGUAAAACCAAAAACCUUUAACUCGGCCCUUUACUAUAACAUAACAUUCUAACGCUAUACAGGAAAGAUUUUCCCCUGAUGGUUAACGCUGGUUAACGAGUGCACGUUGGCGAGUUAACUCGCCAGGCUGAUUGGGCAGCAGUAGCUAAAGUAUGGAAUCCGGAAAUGAAAACGGAAUCAUGGAAACGGAAUACGGGAUACCGAAUCAAAUAUCAAUGACAGAAAAUUGAAGAAUUUCACAUUGCAUAAUUUAGUACAAUCCAAACAGAAUUUGUUUUAGUUUUCUUGGCAGUUCCCUUGAAUAUAUUCUUGCUAUUAUAGGGUUUUCCGAGACCUGGGGUUUGCCAUAGUGUAGGUUAUUGCACUGCAAACUCUGCAAGGCCGAUGAAAGUAAUUUUACGAGUAAUUUUUAUUCAAAAGUUUAUGGGUUGAAUAAUACAGUUAGAUAUUACCUUUUUAGAUAAAUGUCAAGAGAAGUAGUAGUUGGUCUCAGACCACACUACGUAAUUGUCCCCAAACUGAAUACUCAACACAUGACGGACGCUUGGCGUGACCACAAUUCCCGUGUUUCAACUUUAGUUUAUCGCCAAGCUGGAAUACUGGUGUAAUGAGUUUGCGUUGACAUCCGUAUUUUUGUUGAAGAGGCUUAUUAAACACGGCGCAUUACUUUGCUGUAAUCAGUUGCGUAAUCAAGCAAAUGUCUGCACAGUUCUCUCUUCUCUUUGGAUUCCACAGUUCCAUAAUUCUCUUGAGUAAGUUGUCUUGAUAAGUAAAACUGAACACUGUUAAAGACAACCCAGAAAAGACACCCAGGAAAAUCUUGACGACGACGCCUUUCAGUUAUGUAAACGACGACUCUGUCGAUUUAAACCUUUCACUGUAAGAGUGCUUGAUAGAGUUUUGUGAGGUGACUCUACCUUUUGAGUCUGCGAACAAAAUCCUAUGAUGUGACUAUUCAAAUGAAAGCUCUCUGCCUGUACUUACACAUGGUGCUAUUUGUUUCAAAAUUUGAGAAAAUGAAAUUGGGACAUUUGGUUGAAAUUUGCUUUUGGCUAAAUUUGGUAGUGAAGGGGUUGAAGGAAGUCCGUCUCCAUAUAACUUACCUCUUUCUAAAACAACUAGUUAUUGUCAGUGACGUUUUUCUCCUCGCUUUGCUGUCCCAUGAGAAUUUGCAUUCAUUGCCGGAAGUGGUAUGAAGAGUCUUUUCACCGGAAUCUACUCCUGUAGUCAUACAGCAGUCUCCUCUGCCCAGGUAAUUUAUUCAGCUAUGUCUCUUUUUGUCUGUUUAUUUAUUACUUCGGCGGAGGGCAAAGUAAAAAAUUCGUGCCACCCGGGAAUGUCCCAAAGUUGAUUUUUUGGGGACAAGAUUGGGCACCCAAAGUUUUUGUAGGUUGUCGGUUUUAUUCGGCUAUUAAACGAAGUGAGAGCCGAAUUAAUUCGAGAUAUCUCGAGUUCACGUCGAUUUCUUUGAUUUAUUCGAGGAAGAAAGAAUUAUUAUUUUGGCUUUCCCGGGAUUUGAACAGACUCACCCUUGCGGCCCGUCAAAUCAGAGGAGACUCGAAGUUGAGUGAUAAGGCGAUUGCGCGACUGUGACCCAAGGAAAUUUUGAUUUGGAGAAAUAGCUAUGAAAUUAUGCACUUGUUUCGGGAAAAGAUUGGGCACGCAAGGUCGUGACUUUUCGGAUUGUUACCUGGGCGGAACGGGAAGUAAAAGCUUCGCGAGGCUCAGGAAUAUUUCAAAGUUGUUUCCGAAUGCCCCGAAGCUACCACGGAAUUAUUUCCAGAUAUCUUCGAGUUCCUUGAUAUAUAUUAUUCUGGCUAGAAAUAUUGAAUGCAAAGGUGUUUUACAGAAAACGUUGAAGCAAUUUGGGCUAGUAGCUUUAAAGUACGAGCGAAAAUCGACAUACAAGAGCAAUUUUCAUUGAGUCUAACUUCGCAGACGAGUUUCCUUAUGUCCUGUUAUGUUGCGCGACAUGUUUCUCCAAAUUGCGUUUCAGUUUGGCUUUUUACCGUCGAAACCUUGUCUUUUCCCUCUGACGUCUAGCUUGUAAUGCGUUUUAUAUCUUGGAAAACCCAAAUUUAUUAGGUUGCCGUCGGUAUCAAAUUUCAGUUCAAUACUAAGGCCCGAAGUAAGCUUUUUUGUGUUGUUUUUUUUUUUUUCUAAAACCAGCGGCCGAAAUAAUGCUAAAUAUGCUUUUCAAUACUCUUUUGAAAAUAACACCACUCAAUGCGCCAAAAAGAAGAAGAAGAAAAAAAAGAAAGCACAAAGUAGGGACCUUCACGGCGAUAUUCGCGGUGGGUUACCCAUCCAGUUCCUAGCCCCGCCUGACAGGGCUUAACUUGAGUGGCGCUUUAAAAAAACACUAGCCUUCGUGGCAGGUGCAAAAAGGGAAGGGGAGAGGGAGGGGGAGUUAGAAAAGCACGAAAUCGAGGAAAUCCUCCUCCCUUUUUCUCUUCCUCCCUAUCCCCUACCCCUUUCGACGCCUGCUACGCAGGCUACUAAAAAACCGAGUAUCACGAGGGUUAUUGCGAGAUACGUAUUUCUAGUUUAUGUUGCGACGUUGUACAUGAAUUAUCCUCGAUGUGGAGAUUGUGCAUUUUCAGCAAGUUUCGUAAGGGAGUGUACUGAUGUUAGUUAGUUACGUUGCUGGAGAGAAGGUGUAUAGUUAACGGUGCAUAAGGAAAGUGUUGUUGUAGAGGAAAUAAAGGAUGUGUAACUGAGAUCUCGUCGUGCGCAAUUUAUUUAUGACAGAAAUUAUAAUCGAAUUGGGUUACAGCCACGCGGUCAUGCACCAAGCAGUCUUCCGGGGAAGAAGUUAAGAAGUCUGUUACACAAAUGCAGGAAAGUAAUGGUAUUUGUAUGGCCGGGUAUCCGAAAAAAUAUCAUUUCUUACUAUUCCUCCGCAUUCACAAUUAAACCACAACCACGACGCGGAAGUGUACGUUCGUUCCCCGAGCGUCUUGUUUUAUUGUCAUUGCUAAUAUAUUUUUUUUGGAACCUCCUUUCACGGAUUCCGUAUUCCGUUUCCGUUUCCGGAUUCCGGAUUCCAGAUUCCUCCUUUUAGUGCUGCUGGACUGAACUGCACAAGCCCAAGCAGAUUUGAAGAUGAAAACAGAAUUGAAUGAUCGUUCUGAAAAUUCGACGGCUAUUGUAGCAUGUUUAUACUCGAAAGACAGUGAUCUCGAAAAUAAGGUUAAUUCUACUUAAAGCGCUUCUUUUUUCGGUAGGAGGAAAUGUUAUUAUUGUCAUUGGAGGAGAUGACAACUACAAAAACGAAGACAAGGAAAAGCGGUCAGUAAUCUCGGUCUGGGCCCGAAGAGCUAUGUCUGUACAGUUCAGCGAAGAAUAUUUGGAUGGAAGAAAAAGCUUCAUAUUUUCCUGGAGUGAAAAACACCGACCAAUUCACGAGGAAGCUCUAAAGCAUUUUUUUGAUCCAGGCAGGAAUGGUGAAAGGUUUAUAUACCAGUUACCAACACAGAGAAACCCUACCUUGCAACCCGGACGAGUGAAACCCGUAGGCUCAAUUACCAGCGGCUGUUCGGGAAAUGAGCCCGCAAUCCUCCCCUCGGGAGGGACCGAGUGUGCGGCAGAAAUCGAGCCUAUAACACCUGCCGAAGCCAUUCCAGUAGAAGCGGAAGAGGAAAAAUGCGCUUUAGAUAGUCAGGAAAAAGGUACUUAUUUUAUUUUUACGUUUUGUUUAUAUUUUAAUCCCCGCUGCUUUCCAUAUGAUAGUCUGGAUCGUCUCGAUUGUCCCAGGCUUCUUAAAUAAUGAUGAGACGAUAAUGACGAUCGUAAUUGAAACACUACCCAGAUGAUCGCAAACGACCCGUACGACUUAGACGACCUCGAUCCCAUGGAUAGAAUAUAACUGAGUUCUAUUUGGACGAUCUGGACAACAGUGUAAAUUUUGAAGCGGUCAUAUGGAAACGAUCUCAGACGACGGAGGCGAUCGGAUGAUAGAUAGUCUCCCACACUAGCUCCCCUAAAAACGCCAGCGUGGGAGCCGGCUAGACGAUCUAACGCUAUGCCAGAAAUCAUCACUUUUAUUACUCUAACAGUAAUUGCUAAGGUAGGAAAAAAAACGAAAAUGUUCGCACCUCGUGGAUGAUAUUUGAAAAAAGUUCCAUCAAUUUCCGGCGACGUUCUUCCGAAUUUGUGGAACUUGUCUAGCUUGUCUACACCGAAAAAUCGAGAGAAAAAAUAGAGAUGGCAAGCUUCGAGGUUCACUCUCCGAUUAAAAUCCACCAUUAUCUUUGCCCUUUUCCAGAAUUCCAGAAACAUCGCUGACGACCAUGCGCCCUUUUCGUCUUUGAGACAACCGAGACGAUCAUAUAUGAUGAAACUUUCAAUCAUCCCAGUCGUUCGGACCGUCAAGACCUAUUUCUAAAUUGAGUGGGGCGAGCGAUUGAGAUGAUCCGGGUGAUCAUAUAGGAAACAGGCCUUACACAGGGUAAAAAGAAAUUAAGUAAUUUUAUAUUUUUUAUUGCGGUUUAUCCAUAGAAUAAUUGUGCUAAUGGUUAGCGAAUGGGCGAAAAUUCAGGGACCCAACUGUAACGUUACAGUCUUUUUCCAGUUUUAAAGCGGAAGGCGUGUGAAGUUUCUGACUCUUGUAUGUACCAAAGACAACUCAAUGGUUACUUUUGGUUAUUUUUUUCCUCCUACCCCACCGACAUAGCCCCUAUUCCACGCCGGCACACAGGCUCCUUAAGAAUUAAUCAUUGACUUCUCAUUUCUUAAUUAUCUUUUUUUUUUCUCCAAGCAUUGGGUCGAGUAAAUGCUUUUGGAGCGUCUUGUUUUUAAGUAGUUUGUGUCUUUAAGUAGUUUGUUUGUUUUUAAGUAGUUUGCUCUCACUGUCUCUUAGCGAGUAAGUGGUGACACAUCACGGCUCAAAUAUUUUGGAACAAGGCCGUUUAUUCAUUUGUAAACCGAUAUUGCUGACUAUCAAGCUUUCUCCUGCAUGUCAAACCUCCCCAAAUAUAUAAUCGGCAUUAGUGUCAUAGUAAAAAAGUUAGAUCUCUAGCUGCCCAAUUCUGUAGCUUCUGAGGCCUGGUAGCUAGGGUUGUCCUGCAACUGUCCCAGGCAACGCUACAAUAAUUAUACUGAAGUGGGGUUGAACUGGAGAAUUUAAAAUAGAUUGCAACGCUGUGUUUGGAACGUAAUCUCUAACACGCUUCAAAGCCCCAAUACAAGAUGCCAUCUUUUUGGCUAAUUCCCUGAUGUACGCACCAAGGGAUUUCCUCUGAGUAACCUUGAUGGGGUUUUGCUGGGGCUGUUUUGGUUUAAAUUGUGCUCAAAUGGCUCCACGCACAAAUUUUUGAACAGAGAAAAACUUGAACGGAUCCUGGGAUCCCCAUUUCAUUUACAGGUGCAAGUUUGUGAAAGGGAAAGUUGUGUUGAAUCGUCUGCAAUCCUGCAAUCUGUAAAAGAACUUUGUACACGGUUCGGUGUAAACGGGUUGCUCAGGUAAAAAAAUUCGUCCGUUCGAGCCGUGUAAACGGUGUAGUAUCGUGGGCGGCUCAUCCAGGCCACUAUCAGGCACGCUGUAAACUCUGGGACCAUCUAAGGCUACUGGUUACCUAUAUCACGAGCUAGAGAUGGCGGACAUGUAAUAUAAAAUUCAGCUGUGUAUCUAUUGUAAACGGAGUCUAACAUGGACCUUCCCUUUCCCUUUCGAUAGAUGAAACAGGAAGUUCCGUUGUCCAUUCUUCAGAUGUGGAAGAUGCCCACACCGAGCAUGACCCUUUGAAGGCGAAACUAGUGCUUAAGAGCAAACUACACAAAGGAAAGGUAUCAUUUGACCCAGAUGAUGUCGUAUUUUUAAGCCCCGAAUUUCUAAAAAUCCCGGAUGUCGUGACACAAAGUCUUCUGGAAACGUACAGACACACUGAUGAGAUUCAGCUGAGGGUCAUAUCAAUCGAAAAUGAACUUUUUGUUUACACUGGUGACCAAGGAAUAGAGAUGGCAGACAAUGACCUACUCUUGUUAAAAACUCGUGUCCGCAAAGGUGUAGUAUCUUUCCAUGAAGAUGACGUCAAGUUUCGAUACUCGGGCUGGAAAGUCCCUGAGUACAUACUUGAGGACUUAAAACGAAAUGCGUCUACUGGGAAGCUAUUUAUUGUUUCUGACGAGAAAGGGAGUUUAAGAUGCAUUAUUCAGAACAAAGGAAAGAGAAGAGCAAAGAGUGCAAGGGGUAGAGUUUUGGCCUUCUCUACGUCGGAAAAUUAUUUGAACAUAUCUUUUUAAAAUCACCCGACCAUGUGUUUACAUGCGACGCGUUCCCUACAUAAUUUAUACAACAUGUAAACUGUGAUUUUUUUUUCAAUAUUUAGUGCCACUCCUACUGGAAAUGUAACCACUGAGACUUUUGUAACUAGAUGUUAUUUAUAGCGAUGCCUUAAGUUCAAAAACUUUCAUUCCUAAGUAUUGAUAUAAAAAUAGUUGUCUAGUGGUAAACUAAAAGUCAUGCACUGCCCAGCUUGAUCGUAACUUCCUGGUGCGUUAUACGGUGGUGGUUAAUCAUUUUCAGGAGUAGUUAUUCGCAGCCUUGGAUAUAAAUGUAAUAUGUCGUGUGAAGUGUCGCUGGAUUUUUUGUUUUGCCUUUUGCCGUUUGUCUGUCUGUUUGUUUGUUUGUUUGUUUUUGUCGAAAAACUGUACAUUGAAGACUGGCAUGGCCGGUCUGAGGUGUAGAGUCCUUAAAGUGCAUUUUGCCAAGUCCUUUCAUAGGACAGCCAAAAGCCAAGGCUUAAAUCGCCGUAUGAAAAAGCAUAGAGCUUAUGGGAACCUUCAUUGUAUUGUAUUAUUGUAUUCAAUUACAAUAAAAACAUUAUUAAAACAUGGAAAUCACCUUUUUAAACCACACUGAGUUAUAGCUUUUCUUCAGGAAAUUUAACGGGAUGUUACGUUGUUUUUUGCUUGUUAGCGGUCAGUCAGUAAUGAUCAUUCUGAAUUCAUGGGCGCGGUACAAGAACACGUUAGCUGCGUGGUUAACUAAAGCUUCAUUAAAGAGAUCUUGUCUCAAAAACGAAAGAAUCAGAAAAAAGAUGCCCGUGUGUUUGUAGAAUGCCGCACGCCUGGCAAUAUUGAGGUCCCGAGGGUGGGGGGAGUGCUUUAGGCAUUUUUGGUUGGGGAUGUACCCCUAACAACCUGAAACCCUUAGCCUCUACCAGAGCUAGUUGAGCUGAAUUUUCCUACCCCAUACUAGACUAAACUCCCCAAAUCCCCCCUAUCCUUGAGUAGCUGUUUUUCAAAAACUACUGAGAUCACUGGUAAAGACCAGCCAAAAAAAAAUCGAUUUGAGUUUUUUAUAUUUUUGAGUGACAAUUCCCGGUUUCGUAAUUAAGUCUAGAAUAAGAUCUUUAACCAACUGAUCAGUUUCCUGGGAAAUGAUACCCUAUUCUAGACCCAAACUCCCUUGUUUAUAUACCCUAUCCCGGUGUUAACUGUUUGAAAAUCAUACCCUUCACAGCGGCACAUACCUAAGUAGCCUCUAUAUGGCAGUACCUCCCGGGUGUUGAGGAAGAGUCCCGUAGUUCGCGGCGUCACGUAUCAAUGCCAGGAAAACAUGUUUUGACUCGUCACUCAACAUAGACAACGUAGGACUGAAGAGGAUAGUUAUCUGAUGAGAUAAAAAUUGUCCACAAGUCGAUAACGUUCCAAAACACACUUUUCAGAAAGUCUACAGUCAAUAUCUGACUUAAACAAGCCUUCUACGAAUUGCUAACUACAGCAAAAUACAGAGACGUUCUCGAAAAAAAUUCGCCAUUUUCUCAAAAGGAUUACCUUCAGCCUGCAUAACAGGCGUUAUUUUUUUGCGUUUUUCAGGCCUGCGAAGGUCAAGCACAAAGCUAUAUAUCUUACAAGCACCAGACACGCGCGCGCGGCGGGAAAACUGAAGGUAAGGCGCGAAACAAUAGCACCUGUAAUGCAGGCUGCACAGCUGAAUGACAGGUCAUCCAUCAAUGCGGGGGGCAAAGUGUCUUGGUUGACCCACGUGAUUAACAAAAACAAUGUUUACGAACAAAAGCUGACCUUCCGAGAAAAAAAGGAAACUACACUUUCUCAGAAAAGACUCCAUUUACAUAAUAUAAAGUGUUUCUUAGAAUCAAAGUAGUUCCGCUAUAAAAAUGGUUGUGUGGAAUAUAAUUUGAGUUCUGCCUGGGUAAAACUGUUAUGUAUAAACCGGAGAAUCUUGACAAAUGAACAAGCCACCAAAGACUGCCUAGUCGAUAGGAAUUUGACACGUCACUCUAGAACUGGAAGAAAAGGCCGAUUUUAAAGGAGGAGAUGUAAGCAUCUGGUGAGGCUAUAUAUUGUUUGUAGUGUAAGAAUCUAUAUUUUUCGUAUACCAGGUUCAGCUAUUUAUUUAUUAUAUACAUACUGAGAAAUACUCACCAAAAAGCUAUGUCGUAAAUUGUCGUACUCAAAUUAGUUCUAGCCAAUCAGAGGAGCGAACGAUGGUUUUCACACGUGAAAAAAAUGAUACGUCCAAUCAGAAUCGCGAACGAUGUUUUCUCACGUGUGAGAAAAAUGAUACGUCCAAUCAGAAGCCACAGAGGUGUGUGAGUUUCGCGCCAAAAUUCCCGCCUUUAAUUGCAGCUUGCAGCGCCGCUUCGCACACAUUCAACGAGAAAAGUUUUACUCAAAGAGUUUUUCUCGCUAAAAAAGUGAAAAACAUUUCGGAAAUGGAGUGGAAUAGUUUCGUUUCUUUCACUGUCGAUGAAAAAAACGGUAGAGAGCCGGCGAAACAACAACGGAAAGGGAAAAACAGAACGAGACGUAAGCUUUUGUUGUGCUUUUUGUCGGAGCUACUUUGCCUUUCAUUUUAGCUUAUGCUUAUAAUAUUCAAACCGGCCAUUUUCCUUAAAUUCACUCAUUUUCAAUUGUGCAUUGAGAACAAACAGUUAAGAUAACUUAUAGUUCUUGGAUUACCUCGUAUCCUUACCGUCCUUUAUGUUUUUAACAAACGUUUUUACUAAAAAGCUGGUACUUCGUUUUCGUUGUCAUUUUGCGGUAAGUGUGUAGCCGCAAAUUUUAGCAUUUUUGAAAGAUUUAAAAUAAAAAGGCCGCCAAAAUGAUGAAUGCCUCAGUAUGUAUAUAAUAAACACAAUACCACAUGGAAAGUGCUUUGUACGGUAUUUACGCACUCGUUGUUUUUGUAUCAGAAAUCUUACUCGUUCGCUGCGCUCACUCGUUCGAUUUCUGAUACGUCAACAACUCGUGCGUAAAUACCGUACGCCAGCACUUUCCAUGAAGUAUUCUCUAUGUACCAGAUGGUACAAAUGGUCUUAUUUAGUAACAUUGCUUAAAAGUAAAGAGUUUUGGAUAGGAGAUCGGAAAAACAUGGAUCACUUUACCGAAGUGAAGACAAGGCAACCACUGUUGUUUUCGAUUGUUUGUUGACAAUAUCUUGACGGGGGUUGGGAGGGGAACAAUGUGGGCAUGGCAACCUUGACGUCAGCUGAAAGCUACAAUUCCACACCGUCGCGGCGGAGACACUGAAAUUGUCAUUUUCUGUUACAGAAAUGUCAUCCAGAUCUCGAGUUUGCGAAAAACUGAGCGUCCUUCUCUUGGCAAGCGAGUGGGGCUCCUCUCAAGGAGGCCUCUCUACAAUGAAUAGAUCAUUAGCCAUAUACUUGGCUAAGCAACCAAAUGUAGCAGUUAGCUCCCUUGUUCCAAGCUGUAGUGAAGAAGACAAGAGAAUGGCUCGUAACCACAAAGUUAUGAUAUUUGAAGCACAACAACGGCCCGGGUUCGACCCAAUUGACUGCUUGACAUUCCCACGGAAGGACAUAAACAUUGACGUAGUCAUUGGUCACGGUGUGAAACUUGGAAAACAAGCGCAGAUAAUUCGGGAAAGCCACAACUGUAAGUGGGUCCAAGUUGUGCACACAGCUCCCGAAGAGCUCGCCAUGUUCAAAACAUACUCUGGUGCAAUCUCCAGAGGUGAAGCAAAGUAUUCUACUGAAGUAAAACUGUGUGAAAUGGCUGAUGUUGUGGUAGCAGUAGGACCCAAAUUGUUUGAAGUGUACUCAGCCUACCUUAGCUCAUCCAAAAAAUUUGUUUUCAAUCUUACGCCAGGAAUUUUUACAGAAUUAUGUCAUUUAAAGAGAUCUUCUCUGGAUGGUAACAAGUUUCGGAUAUUAGUAUUUGGGCGAGGCGACUCUGAAGAUUUCGAGCUCAAAGGAUUCGACAUCGCUGCUCAAGCAGUCGCUGCAUUGAAGGACAAAAGUUAUCAUCUCAUCUUCGUUGGUGCACAAAGCGGAAGCGAGGAGCAUGUGGCAGAAAAGCUUCUUAAACUCGGUUUGUGCCGAAGUCAGCUCACGGUGAGGAAGUUUGUUCAGAAUCGUGAACACCUCGGCAAAAUACUUUGCGAAGCAAAUCUUGCCAUUGUUCCUUCAAGGACGGAGGGAUUUGGUUUGACCGCCCUCGAGGCGCUUUCCGCUUGUCUGCCUUUCCUUGUAAGUCAGAACUCUGGAUUUGGUGAAGCCUUAAGUAAUGUAUCAAAUGGCUUGUCGAGUGUCGUUGACUCUGAAAAUCCACAGCAUUGGGCUGAGGCAAUCAAGAACGUACGACACAAGAGCAGGGAAAUUAGGUACAAAGAGUGCGAAACAUUGCGAAUGCAUUAUGAUGAGAAAUACAGCUGGGAAAAACAGUGUACUGAAUUAGUGGACAUAAUUUUUACCAAAGCUCAAGGUAAUGUAUUUAACCUGUAGAAAAGCACUCAUUGCUUACAAUUUGCUUCAAAUAAUGUUGCUCAUGUAAUUGUACUAUACAUAGUACCCUUAAAUCAAGCUCGAGAACUCCGUCCGGCCUAAUCUAAGGAAAAUGAACCGUAUACACAGGAAAAUAGUCUCAAAACUAGUGCAUCUUCAUGCCCUUCAUCAAUACUUCGCAUUCAUGCGCCCCUUGAUUGUUUUGCAUCUUUACUAAAUCGAACGAACAGCUUUCUUGGAUUGUUUCGUUAUAAUCUGAAUAGAUGUAUACAGGUAUAAAUAAUGGCUGCUUUAAUUUCUAGACAAAUCAGUCAAUUGCUAACCAAUAAGUUUUCUUUAAACAUAAGGGUCAAGCGCUGCGAAAGUGGAAUCAGAGUUAAAUGAACUGUCACUUGCCCUUGCAAAAAAAAGUGUUAAACCCAGAGGAGAGACCGCAGAUUGGUACUAUAGAGACUCUGAAGACUUCUUGUCUGAAUCUUCGUGCUACGAGGCUGAAAAAGAUAACAAAUUAUCUCCUCGCCAUGACCCACCCAACAGAAAGCCGCCAGCCUGGCGAAACCAAUUCAUGAGUGAACACCCUAUAGGUAAGUAGGAUUACCAUACGUCACCCCAAUACCGCCUCAACACCAUGAUCACUGUACAUGCGUCCUGCGUGGUGGUCAGAGACCAAGAAAUGUAUUGAACAUGAAGUUCGGUGAAUAAAAAGAUGUUUACCGACAUUACAUUGAAUGACAAAAGACGGAUAUAAAGGCACCACUCUCAUAUCAGUUCUCAUAGCAAAUAGGUUGUGACUAGAAUGGAUACCUUAAAAUCAGGUUGGACACCUUAUGUUUAUUACACAACGCUAUACUCGUCAUAGAGAACCAUUUAUGCCAAUUUACUGGACACAUUUUUUAGAAAAGUGGGGAAAUCACACUAAGAGACAGUUGUGAAAGCAAAAGAGUUGAAUACAGGGUUUAGCACCGAAGUAUAGUGAUUAGGAUUAAGCACAUUUUUAAAAACGGUUAAUAAUCAAUGCCAUGUAAGGUACGUUAAAAUUAACCGGUGUCGGCAGUUAUGCCUUGAUGGUGUAGAGGAUACGCAUCUGGAUUACACAUCAAAUGACGCGCGUUCAAGUACUACAUGCUACUAAGUGUUUUCUUUCUAUCAUGUAUUUUGAGUGAAGGUGACAACCUGUAUCUGUAUCCAUUCUAGUCACAACCAUAGCAAAUAACAUCUCUGCUUAGAUGACAGACGACCAUUUACAUCUCGACUUACUUGAUCAAUCAGGUCAAUAUAAACUACUGACAGCGUUGACUCUGAAUGUGAGUACCACAAGACAGAAGUGUCGAAAAGUCAGUCAUAAAAGCAGCCCUGCUCAGGACUAUCCACACGCGGACCGGGGAAUAUUCACACUACUUAUGAGAUGUUAUAUUUUAUAACUUUGUUUUGCUUAUUACAGAUAAAGAGGGAACUCCAACUUGCCAUGUUGACUUUGAGCUAGCCUCCGGGAGAAACGCAAGGAAGACAAAGCACCAGCCAACUCGCUUUGUAAUUCCCGAAAAGUGGCGCCAACGGCUUGCUCCCAACGAGACGUUAAUGCUUAAGACUUACAUUUUGGGCGCCAAAGUCUCACUUGAUCCAAAGCACGUUGAAUUUAAACGUCCGAACUGGACGGUGCCUCGCUACAUAAUUGUCAAUAUUGAGCGCGAAUAUCCAAUGGCGUGCACCGCAGACCUGUUUAUUAUUUCCGACUCCAAUGGUAAGUUAAGGUACACGGUUGAUAUU